AGUAGCUCCAAACAGCGCGAGUAUCAUCAUCAGCACCGCAUCGCCGGGCAAGCAGCCUCGAGACCCACCGAUCGACCCUCAGUGGUCCCUCAUCACAGAGACGAUAAUAACGGAGAAGAGGUAGACUAGCGAGGCCAUGCCGGGGCCCCGGUAAACCGACAAAACAUAUUUUUCUCUUUGUUCCCCUCUACGCACCGCUAGCUGCCUCAACGCACCGCUAGGAGGAUCCGCGGAAUAGCUCUCUUUCUCUGCUGGAGGAGAGGAGGAGACGGCAACUGAGGGAGGACGGAGAGAUUUUUCUACCGUAUAACCUAAUGGCAGAGCGUGAGGCGUCGCCGUUACCACUGGACGUUCGCGCCCGGCUGGCGGAGUUGGAGCUCGAGCUGUCAGAGGGUGACAUCACACAGAAGGGUUAUGAGAAGAAGCGGUCUAAGCUGAUCAGGGCGUACGUUCCUCAUCCUGGAGGUAUGGAGGGUAUGUCCCACCGCCCCUUCUUCGCCCCCCCGUCUGCCGCUCGCUUCCACAGACGGCGUUCUUCUGGAACACGCGAUGAACGCUAUCGUUCAGAUGUCCACAGUGAGGCAGUGCAGGCAGUGUUAGCCAGACAUGUGGAGGGCAAGGUGGCAGUGCCCAUGCCCUCCAAACGACGAUCACUGGUGGUACAGACAUCCAUGGACGCCUACACACCCCCAGGACUGUCCCCACUGUGCUCAGACUCGUCGUCGGGCUCGGAGGAAGAGGCGGGGCCAGGCGAUGACAUGCCAGGGAUGGAACACUGGAUGACUCGCCCUGCCCACUUAGGUCCAGCCCACCUAGGCUCCACCUCCUCGUCCUCCUCGUCCACUCAGAGCGGUGGCAGCGGCAACGCAGGACGACUGGCCGACUCGCUCGCACACACACACCUCUCACACCCACACCUGGCACACCCUCACUUCACACACACACACCUGACCCAGUCACACCACGUGUCAGCUCACCACUCACAAACACACCACGCUAUCGGACACCUGUCUCUGAAGCGUAAGCCAGCUCUGGGCGUGGCGGAGAACGGAGGCUCUCUCAGAAGAUCCUGUGAGUUCGGUUCUGAUAUGCUGUGGCCUCCACCACUGGAGUCUGACGAGCGCCACAUAGGAACCAUCGCCCGAAACACACAGAAAUACGGCAACGCUGAACGCAUGGAGACUGGAGACGGUGUCCCGGUCAGCAGUCGUGUGUCUGCUAAGAUCCAGCAGCUAGUGAACACUCUGAAAAUGCCUCGUAGACCUCCACUCAGAGAGUUCUUCGUUGAUGACUUUGAAGAACUUCUAGAAGUCCAGCAGCCAGACCCCAAGCAGCGCCGUCCGGAGGGGGCAGAGAUGUUGGCAGUGAGAGGAGAGGCUCUGGGGGUGGUGACUAACUGGCCCCCUUCCCUGGAGGCAGCUCUCCAACGCUGGGGCACCAUUAGCCCUAAAGCCCCCUGUCUCACCAGCCUGGACACCACUGGCAAACCUCUAUAUGUACUCACAUACGGGAAGUUAUGGUCUCGAAGUGUCAAGCUGGCCUUUAACAUCCUACACAAGCUGGGCAGCAAGCAGGAGCCCAUGGUGCGACCGGGGGACAGGGUGGCGCUAGUGUUUCCUAAUAAUGACCCGGUGGCCUUCAUGGUGGCCUUCUAUGGCUGCCUGCUGGCUGAGGUUGUCCCUGUACCCAUAGAGGUGCCCCUCACACGCAAGGAUGCUGGCAGCCAGCAGAUCGGCUUCCUAUUGGGUAGCUGUGGGGUUACCGUGGCGCUGACCAGUGAUGCCUGCCAUAAAGGCCUGCCCAAGAGUGCUACAGGAGAGAUACCACAGUUCAGGGGAUGGCCUAAACUGCUGUGGUUUGUGACUGAGUCGAAGCAUCUCUCCAAGCCUCCCAGAGACUGGUUCCCUCACAUCAAAGAUGCAAACAGCGACACAGCAUAUAUAGAGUACAAAACCUGUAAGGAUGGAAGUGUUCUGGGAGUCACGGUGGUGAAGAUUGCUCUGCUGACUCACUGCCAAGCCCUCACACAGUCCUGUGGCUACACAGAAGCGGAGACCAUAGUGAAUGUUCUAGACUUUAAGAAGGACGUGGGACUGUGGCACGGCAUCCUCACGAGCGUGAUGAAUAUGAUGCAUGUGAUCAGCGUUCCCUACUCUCUGAUGAAGGUCAACCCGUUGUCCUGGAUACAAAAGGUCUAUCAUUUUAAAGCCAAGGUAGCGUGUGUAAAGUCCAGGGACAUGCACUGGGCUCUGGUGGCCCACAGAGAGCAGAAGGACAUCAGCCUGAGUUCCCUCCGGAUGCUGCUGGUCGCCGACGGAUCUAACCCUUGGUCUAUCUCGUCCUGUGACGCCUUCCUCAACGUGUUCCAGAGUAAAGGCUUAAGGUCAGAGGUCAUCUGUCCCUGUGCCAGCUCCCCCGAGGCACUGACUGUUGCCAUCAGAAGGCCAGUGGAGGACAGUAGCCAGCCACCAGGCCGAGGGGUUCUCUCCAUGCAGGGCCUGAGUUACAGUGUGGUCCGCGUCGACAUGGAGGAACGCCUGUCAGUCCUCACUGUGCAGGAUGUGGGCACUGUCAUGCCUGGAGCCCUGGUGUGUGUGGUGAAGCCAGACGGUGUGCCUCUCCUGUGUAAGACAGAUGAGAUCGGGGAGCUGUGUGUGUGUUCCGUUGCCACGGGAACAUCGUACUACGGACUGACAGGCAUGACCAAGAACACCUUUGAGGUGUUUCCAGUAGCAUCCGGUGGAGGUCUGGUCAGUGAGUAUGCGUUUGUCCGUACGGGGCUGCUGGGCUUCGUGGGUCCAGGUGGUCUGGUGUUUAUCUCCGGCAAGAUGGACGGCCUCAUUGUGGUCAGCGGACGCAGACAUAACGCUGAUGACAUCAUAGCCACCGCACUGGCCGUGGAGCCAAUGAAAUUCAUCUACAGAGGGAGGAUAGCAGUAUUCAGUGUGACCGUGCUGCAUGAUGAGCGUAUCGUGGUGGUAGCAGAGCAGAGACCAGACUCUACUGAGGAGGACAGCUUCCAGUGGAUGAGCCGCGUUCUUCAGGCGAUAGACAGUAUCCAUGGUGUGGGUGUGUUCUGCCUGGGGUUAGUUCCAGCCAACACUCUCCCUAAAACCCCCCUUGGGGGUCUACAUCUGUCUGAGACCAAACAGCUGUACCUGGAGGGGGGGCUGCACCCCUGUAACGUCCUCAUGUGUCCUCACACCUGUGUUACCAACCUGCCCAAACCACGACAAAAACAACCAGAGAUUGGCCCUGCCUCUGUGAUGGUGGGGAACCUGGUGUCUGGGAAGAGGAUCGCUAUGGCCAGUGGCAGAGACCUGGGACAAACUGAUGACAAUGACCAGUUCCUGUUCCUGUCAGAGGUUCUGCAGUGGAGAUCUCAGACUACGCCUGAACACAUCCUCUACACACUGCUUAGCUCCCGGGGAGCGGUGUCUAGUUCUCUUACGUGUCUUCAGCUCCAUAAGAGGGCAGAGAGAGUUGCUGCUCUGCUGCUGGAGAGAGGAGGACUACAGGAGGGAGACCACAUAGCACUGGUCUACCCACCAGGUAUAGACCUAAUUGCAGCGUUCUACGGUUGUCUGUAUGCUGGCUGUGUUCCUAUCACGGUCCGACCGCCCCACCCACAGAACAUCUCAACCACACUGCCCACGGUCAAGAUGAUCGUAGAGGUCAGUCGUUCGGCCUGUGUGAUGACCACAGCGGUCAUCUGUAAGCUGCUGCGGUCCAAGGAGGCGGUCGCUACAGUUGACAUCAGGAACUGGCCUCCCGUCCUGGACACAGAUGACCUGCCAAAGAAGAAGUCUCCAGCUCUGUAUAAGCCCUGUAACCCUGAUGCCCUGGCCUACCUGGACUUCAGUGUGUCCACUACUGGCAUGCUGGCUGGAGUACAGAUAUCCCAUAAUGCAGUGGGAGCGUUCUGUCGGUCAGUGAAGCUGCAGUGUGAACUGUAUCCCUCCAGAGAGGUAGCAAUCUGUCUCGACCCCUACUGUGGCCUGGGCUUCGUCCUCUGGUGUCUCUGCAGUGUGUACAGUGGCCAUCAGUCGAUCCUUAUCCCUCCAGUAGAGUUGGAGUCUAACCCAGCCCUGUGGCUGCUCGCUGUCAGCCAGCUCCGAGUCAGAGACACCUUCUGUUCCUACAGCGUCAUGGAGCUCUGCACUAAAGGACUGGGCCUGCAGACAGAGGCACUGAAGGCGCGAGGCCUGGACCUGUCCCGUGUGAGGGCGUGUGUUGUGGUAGCAGAGGAGAGACCCAGGAUGUCUCUAACACACUCCUUCUCCAAGCUGUUUAAAGACCUGGGCCUGCACCCCCGAUCUGUCAGCACAGCAUUUGGCUGUAGGGUCAACCUGGCUAUCUGUCUGCAGGGCACCUCCGGACCAGACCCUACUACAGUUUACGUGGACAUGAGAGCUCUGCGACAUGAUAGGGUUCGGUUGGUGGAGAGAGGUUCUCCUCACAGUCUCCCUCUCAUGGAGUCAGGAAAGAUCCUACCUGGUGUCCGCAUCAUCAUCGCCAACCCAGAGACCAAGGGACCCCUGGGAGACUCCCACCUAGGAGAGAUCUGGGUGCACAGUGCCCAUAAUGGCAGUGGAUAUUACAGUGGUUAUGGAGAGGAGGUCCUUCAGUCUGAUCACUUCACCUCCAGACUCAGCUUCGGAGACACGUCCACCGUCUGGGCUCGCACCGGAUACCUGGGCUUCUUACGACGUACUGAACUCACUGAUGCCAGCGGAGAGAGACACGAUGCGCUGUAUGUGGUGGGCGCGUUGGAGGAGGCCAUGGAGCUGAGGGGGAUGAGGUAUCAUCCUAUAGACAUCGAGACCUCCGUUAUCAGGACGCACCAGAGCAUCAUGGAAUGUGCUGUGUUUCCCUGGACUAACCUGCUGGUAGUUGUGGUGGAACUAGAAGGCUCAGAGCAGGAAGCCCUGGACCUGGUUCCCAUGGUGACCAAGGCGGUGCUGGAAGAGCAUUACCUCAUCGUUGGUGUCGUCGUGGUAACGGACAUCGGGGUGAUCCCUAUCAACUCUCGCGGGGAGAAGCAGCGCAUGCAUCUCCGAGACGGCUUCCUACAGGACCAGCUAGACCCCAUCUAUGUGGCUUAUAACAUGUAACCCAGCCGCCCCAUCCGGGGGGGUGUGGGGGUGUGGGUGGAUGUAAGAGAGGGGGAUGUGUGUGUUAGCAUGUGUGUGUGUAUGCGUACGUGCGUGUAUAUCGCUGGUGUUGUUCAUUGCAAAUCUAGAUGUACUGUAUUUUUGAAUCUGCACAUGGUCAUAUGGUGUGGUGCCAGUUGUCUGUUCCUUUAGUUGUGCUGUGGUGGAGGUAUGGCUGUUUCCACACCCCCAGUUAAACCUGACACCUAGACAGGAAGUCGCUGUUCAAAGCCUUAGAGGAACAGAGGUACUUAGACUACACCACUGGUUGUUACCCGUUAGGAGAGAGAGAAAAUAUCUCUGAACUUAUCUGUUUUCUUAAUGAAAUAGACAUGAAAAAUUACGUUAUUCAAGUAUAUUGUCAGAAAAUGACAGGGGGUUCAGAUUAGUGUAUAAAUAUAAAUAUUGUACAUAAACAAAAUGAUCUAUAUGGCGAGAACUGAAACACACUGAGGACCUGUUAUACAGCUUUCUCCACCUGCGGUGUGCGUGUGGGUGUGCGUGUGUGUGUGCGUGUGGGUGUGCGUGUUUUUGUGUGUGUGUGUGUGUGUGUGCGUGUGUUUGUGCGCGUGUGCGUGUGUUUGUGUGUGUGCGUGUGCGUGUGGGUGCGUUUGUGUGUGCGUGUGUGAAUGAAUGUGAUACAGUUCACUCCUCUUAUAAGAAUCGCAUACAUCCUUAACGAUUUGUUUCCUAAAGACAAUUAACUCCUAAAUGCCAAGUUAACCUGUUAGAAGUACACAAUUGUUUCUAUCCAACAAUGUUUGACCGUUGCAAGCAUUUUAUUAUGGUAAUAUGUGAUUCUACUAAGAGAGCCCAGUAAGUAGCAGAGGGAAAUAGGAGUUGUUAAGCCCAGCUCUGGACCAGAAACACAAGAGACAUUCUAAAUGGUAGCCUAUUCCCUUGAAGUGCACUGUUGGGACUAUGGUCAUAAAUUGGACACUAUAUACAAAAUAAGCCCCCGUUUGGGACGCAUCCACAGUGAAGUGUGGAAACAAAAGAGUUUAGAAGAAAUGUAUUUAUCAGUCAUAAAAUGAUCACUUAUGGCAUCGUCUAUGUUAUCAACUUUUCUGUGAAAAACAUAAUUUCAUGUUAAUGUUUAUUGCUAUGAGUAUUGUCCUAGAGGCAGAACUGAGUGGUUUUUGCUAGAUGGGCCAGCUGCGAAGUCAAAAUUGGCUAUAAUGUAAAAAUUCAUGAAAUCAAAAAUGUGCUUUUUUUGGCUUUAAUUUAAGGCGAAGGUUAGGCAUUAGGGUUAGCAGUGUGGUUAAGAUUAGAGUUAAGGUUUAAAAUCUGAUUUGAUUCCAGCUAGUGACCACUCUGCAGAGCUGCCUCUAGGGCAAGACUAAUAAUAAAUGCCAACCUGCUAAUUUUAAUCAAAUCAAAUGACAUUUUAUUUGUUACAUGCGCUGAAUACAAAAGGUGUAGAUCUUACCGUGAAAUGUUUACUUACAAGCCCUUAACCAACAAAGCAGUUCAAGAAGUAGAGUUAAGAAAAAAAAAACUCAAGUAACACAAUAAAAUGACAUAACAAUAACAGGGCUAUAUACAGGGGGUACCGGCACCGAGUCAAUGUGGAGGCUAUAUACAGGGGGUACCGGCACCGAGUCAAUGUGGAGGCUAUAUACAGGGGGUACCGGCACCGAGUCAAUGUGGAGGCUAUAUACAGGGGGUACCGGCACCGAGUCAAUGUGCGGGGGCACAGGCCAGUCGAGGCAAUUCGUACGUGUAGGUAGGGGUGCACCUAAUGCACCUAUUUGUUUACAUUCAGACUCCUGAGUUUGUUUUAUCAUCAUAAUCACAACACAUCUCAUUUUAAUUAAUUUAUUAUAAUAUAAUGUCAUGUAUGAAAAACAUACAUAUCAUGACGUAUUUAUUUGCUUAUUAUUCUGUACUAGAGAUGAUGGUGAUUGUACUAUUUUACAUGUGUUUACUGAACCUUUAUUUAACUAGGCAUGUCAGUUAAGAACAAAUUCUUAUUUACGUUGACAGCCUACCCCGGGCCAAACCCUAACCCGGCCAAACCCUACCCCGGGCCAAACCCUACCCCGGGCCAAACCCUAACCCGGGCCAAACCCUAACGCGGACGAUGCUGGGUCAAUUGUGCGCCACCCUAUGGGACUCCCAAUCACGGCCGGUUGUGAUACAGCCUGGAAUUGAACCAGGGUCUGUAGUGACUACUCUAGCACUGAGAUGCGGUGCCUUAGACCGCUGCGCCUCUCGGGAGCCCCCUGAAUGUGUGUUAGAGAGAGAGGAGUCUUGUAGGUAGGGUUAAGCCUGGUACAGAAACUAGAGAGGUGAGAGAGACUGCAUUUUGUGCGUGUGCGCGUGCGUGCGUGUAUUGUGUGCAAAUAGUGUUGAUUUUGUACGGUACAGGUGUGUGUGAUUGUUUUGUACACAUGAUGAAAAUAUAAAAAUGACACUUUUAUAAGAACCUGCCAUUGGCUCCACAUCACACUAUACAGUGCAAUAAAGUGCUUUGAUU